CAGUGAAACAGACAUGGAGCUCUUGAAGCCUCAGCUGCAGCUUUACAAGGGAAGUUUGCUGUUGAUUGAAUUUCUGUUCCUGAUUGGACUGAACCUGUACUGCUUUAAUAUAUCAGCAAUAAAUCACACGCUCAUCUUUGGACUGGAUCCCAGAGAUCACCUCUCAUACUACCAUAUUUUCGAGAUGGCCGGGGGUCUGACUGUGUGCUGGUGCACCAGUGUACUGGCUAGUCUUCAUCCUUCUGUGUUGUCAGUCCCACAGCAGUUCCACCCACUACUUUUUCACAGCUUUCUCCUGUUUCUGCUACUAAACCCUUUCUCCAUCUUUCACACCCAGUCUCGUCGCUGGCUCAUAGUCACAAUGGUAAGACAUGGCAAAGAUAGGACCUGAUUUUUUUUUUUUUUUUUAUGUUAGUCUGUGUAUUAGUAGUGGGAAUUAUUAAGUGGCUCUCUCUGCAGGUUACACUGACAAGCCCAGAGCAAAAAGGUACCCAAACUGUCACUAGGACAGUACCCUUUCAAGAGGUACUUAUAUGUACACUUUAGGUUCUAAUAUACCUUUAAAUAUACUAUUAUGCACAUUUAAGGUACUAAUAUGUAAAUAAAGUUGAAAGAUGAACAUUUUACCUUUUGUACCUCAGGGUACCACCCCAGUGACAGCUUUUGUAACUUUUACUGAUAAUGUACUAUAUAUAGCCACAAAUGUCUUUACCAGUAAGUCAUUGAAUUAUUUGCUCAACUGAUUUGCUGAUUAAUUU